AUGACUAACGCCGACGAGGAAGCCUUUGCAACGAUGGUACGCGAGCACUGGUCUUAUCAGCUGGUGCGCGAAUUGGCAGAUGAACGGUUGCAUUUGGCCAGUACCGCAAAAUCGAUUGCAAUCAGGGAUCUACAUCCGAAAGCUCGCCAUCAUUUUCUAGUGCUGCCGAGAAAGGCUAUCGAUACACUGCACGAGCUCACGUUCGAAGAUGUUCAGCUGCUGGAGGAUAUGUAUCAGCUGGGCAGGCAGGUAAUUCAGUCAAUGAGACUCAGUGUGAAACAGUUCAACUUUGGGUACCAUCUAAAACCGCACAUGAAACGGUUACAUCUGCACGUUAUUUCCAACGAUUAUGAUUCACCGAGCCUGAAGCGACGACACCACUGGACAAUCUUCCAUUCGGAGGUAUUCCAAAGGCAUGAAGCUGUGCUGAAAGAGUUGAAGCUGUACGGCCACAUCGCGGAACGAUCAGACGCUUAUAUUCUGGCAUUGCGCGAAGGUCCUUUGAGAUGUCAUGUUUGUGCCUUUCAAACCGAGUAUUUGCCCGCCAUGAAGAAACACAACGCCCUGCACCUAAAUGAUCAUUGA